UUAGUUUGGAACAGGAUCCAAACCAGUGUGUGCACUUAGCAGGAAGCCACCUAAUGUUGGUGUGCUUAACAUGCAGCUUGUAGUGCUCUUACAAGGGUUUGGCAAUGGGAAAGUACUGAUGACAGGGACUGCUGUGAAAGUCUCAGACCUCAUCAGAACUGUAAGAAGCAGUUUUCCUCUUAGGGUUGUCUCUUGAAGGUAAGUGUUCUGUUCUAAUUGAGAACCAAGUAAGUUCUGUCGUCCUUUUGAAUAGCUAUUUAAUGUUAAAUUAAAGUAGAUACUGAGUUAAGAUGAGCAGUUUCUGGAGCAGGUGACUCUGACCCCCAAAUCUCUGUGGCCAUCUUCUAGAGCUCUGAACUGGUGAAUCCAACACUGUCAGGAAAUAAAACUAAGUGAGGCUUAUGGAAUAAUUCAGCUGGAAAUUAGAGUGCUCUUCAGAUACACUUGCGUGGUAUCUCAGACAGCAAGGUUUGAACCUCAGUCUUACUCUUUCAGGAUGACAGCUGUAAUCACUUGGCAGUUACAUAGGAAAAAGUGAUGCCCUUUGCUGGCAUGUAGGAGAUCUGAAUAUUCUGUGCAUUCGUUGCACUUUGUUUUCUUCCUGAGAUAACUUUUGUGCAUAGGGCGAGAAUGUCAAUGAAUGGAAACUUUUCCAUUCAUGCUUAUUGUUACUGUAGUUAAAAACUAACCUCUGAGUUGUCCAGGGCAGAAGAAAGCCUGGUUUCUCUUUACUGCUUAAACUUGGUUAUGCUCUAGAUGCUGAGUAGCUCAUUUCUGUCAGGACUAAAAUGGAUCUGGGCAUGUUCAAAGAUGCAGCUCUAGACAGCUUGGGAACUUUUCAGUUCAAACAAGGGAAGUGCCUUUGGCAAGGCAGUUGAGCAAGAGUUUCUCAAGAUUGCUAUUUUAAAUGUAGCAUGGCGCACAUAUUAAAGACGCUCAACAGCUGGUUCUGGUGGGAGAAUAUCUGGAUGCCUAUCAAUUGCACAUGGGCACAUUUUGUAGACCGUGAUGGACUUGUCUUUCCAAAACCACAUCAAUUAUACGCAACAAUACCAUAUGCUUUGGUAUUACUGAUUAUCCGAUUCUUUAGUGAAAGAUAUGUUGCUAUACCUCUAGCAAAAGCCUUAGGUAUAAAGAAUGUAAGACGUGUGAAGCCACAGCCUAAUCCUGUUUUAGAGAGUUAUUUCCGGGAGUGCUCAAAACAUCCAUCCCAAUCAGAGAUUCAAGGCCUUGCCAAAAAGUGCAACUGUACAGUCCGUUUGGUGGAAAAGUGGUUUAGGAGACGGCGAAACCUUGAGAUCCCAACAGUGCUUCGGAAAUUCCAGGAAGCUUUCUGGCGAUUUUCAUUCUAUCUUACAUCCUCCAUUGCUGGAUUUAUAUUUCUGUAUGAUAAACCUUGGUUUUACGACAUAUGGCAGACGUGGGUUGGCUAUCCAUUUCAGAGUCUGCUGCCAUCCCAAUAUUGGUACUACAUGGCUGAGAUUAGUUUUUACUGGUCUCUCUUAUUUACGCUUGGGAUUGACAACAAAAGGAAGGAUUUUCUGGCUCAUGUUGUUCAUCACUUGGCAGCCAUUGGGUUGAUGAGCGGCUCUUGGUGUGGCAACUACGUGCGUCUUGGAACACUGGUGAUAUUUGUGCACGAUACUGCAGAUUUCUGGCUUGAGGCUGCCAAAAUGUUUAAUUAUGCUCGCUGGGAGAAAACCUGCAAUAUGCUCUUUAUCAUCUUUUCUAUUGCAUUUUUCAUCACAAGAAUCAUCCUGUUCCCCUUCUGGAUUCUUCGUGCCACAUUGUAUCAGCCUACAUACUACUCCACGACUCCUGUCAUAGCAUAUUUUUUAUUCAAUGGGCAGCUAUUGAUCCUUCAAGGCUUGCAUUUAUAUUGGGGUUACUUAAUUUUCAAGAUUUUGAGAAGGUUCAUUUUCUUAAAGGACUUGAAAGAUGACCGGAGCGAUGAAGAGGAGGAAGAUUCUGUUACAGAUAAUGAAGAGGAGUCCACAAAGAAUGGCAACAAGAACGGCUGUGGGUCAAGCAAACAUCUCCUAACCUGCAGUCACCACUAGCCCCCCUCCUGCCUCACCCCCUGCAGUGAUUUCUGCUCUGGUUUUAACCCAACCUACAGGAUAGAAUUUAAGUCAAAAGGCUUAUGAGAGACUGUGAUCGAUUUAUUGUUGGCUACUGGGCCUGGAAAAAAGCCCAGUUUAGCGGGUAGGAAAAAAUUGCAUAACAUGACAAAAUGUGUUAAUGACCCACUUUCUGAAUCGUUACUAAGUGUUUGGAUGCGCUCACUGACAGUCUUCAGCAAGGUCAAAGCUCAAGAGCAUCAGAUCAUUUAGUGUCUCAUUGAUUCUAACAUUUUUCAGUCUGAUAUAAGAUAUAUUUCACCAAGCUGUUUAAUUCACAGAUGUUUUGUGGUAGGUAGAGAGUGUGAACCCCAUUAGGAACCAAAAUUACUCACUGUGGGGAAAAAUAUGACAGUGGUGUACAGUGACUAGCAUUUUAGUCUUUACUUUUCAGUUUAAACCCUCAUCAAAAUGUCUAUUUUUUGUGAGUUAGACUUCAUUUCCUGGAGGCCAGUGGAAGCUAAAAUGGAGGAAGUCAAAUUAUUUGCCUGUGAAGAGCUGGCUUCGCUGCAGAAGUAUAGUAUUUCUCCAAACUGAGCUGUAUGAUAGAUAGCUCAAAUAUUGUGUUCUAAGAUUUACCUGUCAAGGAAGUCACUGUUAAAAUAGCAAAACUUGGCCCCGAUUCCCUGUUGAGCUCCAGGUUUCACAAACGUCUUUCAUCUCAAUCACUGGCCCAGUGUUAGAACAGAAGGUGCAGUGGGGAGGGAAGAUAGCGAAUGAAAAUUGGGUCUUUACACAGGUUCUUUUGCACUUCUUAUUUGUCUUCAAAACUGCUGAACACCCCCUGCUCCUGAAACAUCUACAGCCCAGAAGAUUUAUUUUUAAUCUCAUCCAUUCUCUUCUUGUGAGCUUGUCUUGCACAGCGGCGUUGGAUUACUGUCUUCUCAGGAGCGAGUCCGCUAAAUUCUGUUUUGUGGUUCCUGUGUAUCCCCUGCACAUAUCUGGGCAUUGGGGGAGCUUGAGAUGAGCAAGGAAUGUCACAUCGUUGGUGCUGGGUAUUCAUUUCAUAGCAGGAUCUGUAUGCUGUUCUUGAAAAUCAUGAAUCAUAUUGGGUACAGCCAAACUUGGAUAUGACUUAGGCCACAUACCGUUGUUUAUGCUGUAAGAAAUGGAGGAACAGUGGAUGUUUUAUCAGCUCCUCUUACCAAAAGUGCCUCUAUCCUAAGUUUGCACUUUCGUUCGAAGGCUAGUGCAGAGUGCAGCAGCGCUUUUAGUCCUGCGGCUUUCCAAGGAGAGCCUGGCCCUUUUAAACAGGGUGGUACCAGUCUCAUUUCCAGAUGCGUUUAGCUGACAAGGUCAUAAAUGUUUUGUGUCAUAAGUUUUAGAGGUGAGAGGCUCUCCGUGUGGUUCUACAGUAGCUGAGAUAAUUUGGUAAACUAAAUCCAGUACCUUGGUAGAGACCAGGGGGACCAUUGCUAAAACACCCUCAGUGCAGAGCUUUUGGUUUGGAAAAGCUCUUUUCCCCUUACGGCGGCUCAGGCAUGAUCUUGGUGACCUACGGGAAGUGCUGUAUGACUGACUUGUUUUCUCAAGAGUUCCUUGGCAAAGGGGAAUGUAAUUCAGUGACUGAAGCAUUUGAAAGAAUGGGAAAUGUUUUUGGAUCUCAGAUAUGAAGAAUGAAGUGUUUUCUGUGCAGUUAGAAGAAACUGCAGGAGUACUUUGUUAUAGAGACUGGUAGUGUGAAAAUACCUACGUAUGGCCUGUUGAACUAGGCUGUGUUUAAUUUUUACUUGUAUUUUGGACCAUGUAAUAUCCUAAAUGCUUGUGUUUUACCACAAAGAGAAUUACAGCAAGAAAGGAGAAUGGCCUACAGCUUCUGAGAGGGACAGGGAAUGUGCAGUAGCGGGAUGGGACUCCUGAACCAGUGCUUGUAGUUCAGUGGUGCCGCUCAGGCUGAGCGGGCAGAAUUCCCUCAGUAGCUGUUGUAUAGCAGCGUGUGUCCUUACAUAGCUGUGAAGAAUACCUUAAAUACUGCAGUGUGGAUUUAUUGGAUGUGUAAGUACUUAUUACAUCAUCUAAAGCAACUGGUGAGUUUGGCAAGAUCACAGUUGCUUAUUGGGACCUGUUUAUUGCCUACACAAAAAGAAGUGUCCUUUCCUAACAAAAUGGAGAAACCCGACGUCUUGGAAGCUUUACGUUCCCUUUGAGAGCAGUGGAGACAACGAUGUUUUCUACCAGACGUAACGGGGGUUUGGGAGAUGGCCAGGGUAUUAUCAUUUGAUUUUGGUGCCAGAAAGUUUUCCUGCUAUGACUAGGAAGGGAAUUCAGGGAAAGAAACACGAAGAAUAAUGUUGUCACAGGAGUGAGCCUCUGAACAACUACUGAGUUUUAAACUGGAAUUUAUAGUCUCGUUGAGGCCAAAUCUUGCCCUUCCUACUCAGACAAGUCUCCCACUGAAGCCAAUUAACUCUAUUAGAGUUUUGCUAAGGAAAAAUUUUGGAUUGCAGUAUCCAACCUAAUUGCAAGACCUGUUGUUUUAAGUUGAUGUGAAACUAGGGUCUUAAAGGAAGAGUAAAAGGCAGAUAAAUAGAUUCAAACAUAAAAUGUUGAAGCAAAUUUUGGGUGAGUACAGAAGAAUACAGAAAAUAAUGUCCUGAAGGUGAAGAUUCAGUCUAAGUACAGAAAACAGCCAGAUAACUACAUCACACGGCAGUUAGGAGUACGGAAGGUAGCAAGCUCAUGGAAGGCCAUUCCAGGGGGUUACUGUCGCAGCCAACCACAGGGAUGACCCCUAAAAAUUCUGCCCAUAAACUACUAGGUACUGGGGAUAAGCACCCACAGCACAGAAAAGAGUGGGAACGGGGUGUCACAGUGGGACUGGCCACGUGUGCUGUGGUAACAUCAGGUUUGUCAUUCCUGAAGUCACACGUUUCAUUUUCUACCUUUUACUGACAGAAAUUCAGAAACAAGAAGCCGAGGUCAUGGGGAACACAAUUCAUGUUAAAGAAAUUCAUAUCAUGGUGCUUCAAGAUUUUCAGUCUAUUCAAUGACCUUCACAUUUUUUUAAUGUUAUCAUGAGAAGAGUCUCAAAAUGCAAGUGCAGAACAACUGUAGGCAGUGUGAGCACAGAUGACACUCUACUGCGUUAUUCACAAAAUGGGCCCUGGUUUAACACUUAGACACUGUGCAUCUGGUUUUGCUGUGUCACUUUGACCAUGCCAAAAUAUUUGUGAUAGAAUUAUACACAAAAAAUGGAAUCUUAGUCCAUUAGACUCAGCGGAAACUCUUCUGUUCCAUUUAAUUCCUCUGAAUGUUGUUCAGGUCCUCCUGUCUGUGUAUACUGUGCUGCCUCUGUACUUGUUCACUACAUACAUUUAACAAUCUACUCUGGAUUUGAAUUACAGAUCUCCCUUAGUCCACAGAACACAUUUUGUCAAUUUGUAUUAUUCAGUAUAAUUAUCUUUUUUUGUUGUUCUUAAUGCCACUGAAUUUGUCUGGUCGGUUAUGCUACACACUAUAAAUAAAU